CAAGGCUUGCCAAACGUCAACUCGCUAGGAAAGAUAAACAUCAAAACACCGACCCGACAGUCCAGCAUCCCGUCGGGGAGGAGUUUGUGAAAGCGCUCCCGGCAGCGCCACCAGAAAUGGUCCACAAGUGAAGCAAAGCGACGCAAACCUUCCGUUGGUGUUGGGUGUGCUGAACACGAUGAACACCCUACGGGAAUGGUCCCCGCUGGUGGACCUGGUCAACAGGAUCCCAUCCUCCGUCCAGCGCGGUCUGCUCUUUCACGACGUGUCCAUCACGUGCGUCGAUCUGGUGGAAGAGUUCAUCGCCCUCGGCACGAACGUGGGGCUGGUGUUUUGGUACGACCGGAAGAGCGGUGCGAUCGAGCGGCUAGCAACGGACAGCGGCUCGCAGGAGCUCACCUGCGUGCGGAUCGCCUCGACCGUCGAGUUCAUGGUGGCGGCCGGUUGCCGUGCCGGGCAGGUGAACAUAUUCCAGAUCCCGAAAACGCCACCGCCCGACGUCUGUGCCGAGCUGCUGCUGAAGGCGAAACCGAUCGAGCGGUACACGGUGCGGGGGCUGCAUCGGGCUGCCGUCUGCGAGCUGGUGUGGUCCAAGAACGGGAUGCGCCUGUUCUCCGGCGAUGCGGGCGGUGCGGUCGUGCUGACGGAGAUCGGGUACGCCACCAAGACGUGCCAGUCGCGCGAAAUCAUCAACGAGCGGUACGAAAUCGUGCAGAUGGAUUUGCACCGGGGCAAGCUGCUGGUGUCGAGCUCGUUCCGCACGGUCAUCUGCAGCCCGGAGGAGCGGGAGCAGGAGGAGGAUGGGCACGGUGGCCAGCGGUGGCGGGUGGCCCAGGUCGGCAAGAAGGAUCGGAAGAUGUUGGCCCCGUUCGGGGCGGUGUUUGCCACGGUACACGGCAGGCAGCAGAUCGUGUCGACGCGGUCCGGCUUUCGGCUGUGGCUGGCCGACGACGGGGGCAACGUGGCGCAGACGCUCAUCUUCAAGGAGCUGAUGCGGGCGCCGUGCGCCGAGAUCGGGCUGCUGAAUCCGAGCCGCAAUCCGAUCCGCAUACCGACCACCUUCGGCAAGCUGUACCCGUUCGAGGGCAAGCGGUUGGUGUCGGUCGCGAAUGGGGCGCUGUUCGUGCUCGAUCUCGAACGGAUGGCGGUGGUCGGGUCGCUGACCCGGCUCCGCCACAUCCUGGACGUGGCGGUCGAUCGGAACGAAAUACUCAUACUGGAGAGUGCCCGGUCGGUGGUGCGAAUCGGCACCCUGCCGGACAGCAGCCAGUCGACGAUUGUGCUGAAGAACCUGGAGCUGUUCGUUAGCGCGGAGUCGCAGAUCGUGCAGGCGGACGAGUGCUGCGAGGAGGAGACGCCGGCCGAGAUGGUUGUGCGGAACGGUGAGUCGCCCGGCAGCUCGCUGCCCGGUGACGAGCGGGUCGAGCUGGACGGUGGUGGGACCGGCGGUGACGAUGCGCGACUCAUCGAGGGACACAUGCGGAAGCUGGAGCUGUUCGACACGCUGAACGAGCUGAAGUACGACGAGUCGAUACUGUUCAAGAGUGGGCGCAGUCGGCGCCGGCACCGCUCGAAGGUGAACCCGAUCGUGGAGAUUGGCCAGAUCCCGAAGGAGAUCGAACCGGACGGUGGGGAACCAUCGUCCGGCAGCUAAGGGCCGAAGCGCUUGGCGGAGCACGUUUUGUGUUUUGGAAAUUACGCUUAUCUGAAGCUAAAUGAAGCGCAUCGGUGCUUUUAGUGGGGAGUUUGCAUAGUUGGCUCUCUCUCUCUCUUUAGUUUCGGCGCCUCAUCAUGACACACGAAAGGAAAAGGCUUAUUAGAAAGCUAGAGCGGAUGGAAACGUUUAAAGUCACAUUCCUCUUGACCAAGGGCCUUUUAGCUGUUGUUUAUUUUUAAUUUUAACGAAUAGAAUUAGGUGCACACAACGUCACACUGCAAGCUCUUAAUAACGCGCACGCGAUCACCUCGGCUACCACCGGCACAGCAUUUUGUGAUUGUUACUCGUUUUUUUAAAUCGUAAUUUCGCGUUUGUUGUUUUUUAUUUCCCUACCCGGUCGACUGUGCUGAAACAGAACAGAUUGCUACUUGUGAUUGUAUAUUCCAGCGAAAGGAAGAAUAAAAUAUUUUUGUUAUGCUGUGUUGUAA